UCUGCGGGGGUCUGCAGGAGGAAGGAGGCAGGAUCAGGGAGAAGACAAACAUGGACUUGCAUUGUGAUUGUGCGGAGUCUCCUGCAGCCGAUCAGCCAUCAGGGAAGAUUAACAAGACUGCUUUCAAAUUAUUUGGGAAGAGGAAAUCUGGCAGUGCCAUGCCCAGUAUCUUUGGUGUGAAAAAUAAGGGAGAUGGAAAAGGCACAGGCAAUAUGGGAAUGGUACGGAGCAGGACACUGGAUGGAUUAUCUGAUGUGAUGCUGGACAGCAAUAAGAAAGAUGAGCCUUGUAUUGAAACUGAUGCUGAAAAGCCAAACACUGAUAUCAACACCAAGGUGGUUACAAUUAAAGCAGAUGUUUCCUCCAACAGCAAUGUGGCAAAGUCAAACAGUUUUUUUUCUUUGCUGAAAAAGAAUGGUAAAUCGGAAAAUGUCAAAGGAGAGAAUGCAGAGCACAAAUCUGUCAGCAGACAAAAGAAAGGGCUGAAGGGUCUAUUUCAUAGCAUGCGAUGGAAUAAAAAAGAUAAAAUCUACCGGGAGGAUAAAGAGGGGUCUUCGGAAAACCAACAAGGCCUUAUUUUACCAAGCUCUUUGACAGCAAGUUUGGAAUGUAUUAAAGAGGAAAUACAAAAAACGCGUGAGCCUGAAAUUGCAACAGAGGAUCUUACAGUUGAUUUGCCCUGUGAAGAGCAAACUGAGGAUGUAAACAUUGCAGCAGAGGAGAAACAAGUGAUAUUAUGCGAGGAAUCACCUUCCCCAUCCCAUACUACCGAAAAAACCCAAGAAGAGGAGGUUCCAGGUGACCAGCACGUGGAAAACCUUUGCCAGCUGCCCAGUCCAGAGGUGCAAAUCGUGCUCAGCAAACAGGACAAAGAGCUAACAGGUGAAAUUCCAAUAAACAAUAUUUCCUUUGUUGAACCAGAGUGUGCUAGUGGCCAUGAAAUUGCAGCCCCAGACCCUUCUACUGUUGAUCCUCCCUCUGAGCAAUCUUUUGAUCGUAUUUGUUUGAUGUUGGCUGAUGUUACUUCACUGAAAAGCUUUGACUCUCUUACAGGAUGCGGAGAUAUUAUUGCAGACCCUGAUGAUGAUGGAGGAAAUGGCACCAGUGCAAGGCCCAUACCUGGAAAUGGCAAAAAGGCCAUUUGCAAAAAGACACCAAAUAUUGUGGCCUAUCAGGGAGGCGGAGAGGAGAUGGCAAGUCCAGAGCAAGUAGAUGACAGCAGCAUAGAAGAGUUAUGGGGCAUGAUACCCCAAGACGAGGAUACUGACAAAAAAAUAGUUAAAGUGAACAGCACUUCACAGGUCUCAAGGCUGGGUAAACCUACAAAGAGCACAUUGGACGGAUGCACAGUGAGGGCAUCAAAACUAAAGCCAGUGUCAAUAAUCCGUAUUGAUAAAGGUGAUCAUAAAAGUGGUGGAAAGGAACAACAAAAGUGCAUUCGUAAUAGCGAUGAAGGGUACUGGGAUUCUACAACCCCAUGUCCAGAAGAAGAACUAUCAAGGAGUAUUGAGAAUGAGACACUUCCAAGGGAUAGCUGUAGUGGAGAUGCACUUUAUGAUCUAUAUACAGAGCCAGAGGAAAACACAGCAGGGGCACAAGUGGAAGAGGAAAUCCAAAGCUUGCCACAUUCCAAACCAUUAUCACCAGUAACCACCACAUGCUCAGUGAAAACUGCCAAGGAUUCCAAGAUACCCAUCAGCAUUAAACAUUUGCCAGUACAUCAGCCAACCCAUGGGGCAGACUCAAGUACAGGCAUCAGUUCUUCAGUUGCACUCCCACAACCAGUCAAAACUGAAAUGCCCAGAACAAAAAUUCCAGUCUCAAAGGUACUAGUGAGAAGGGUUAGUAAUAGGGCCGUAACAGGAACUUCAGUAAAAACAGCAUACCAUGAUCUGGCCAAAAAAUGACUGGUGAGAAGACCUGGUGUAUGUGUCUCAUUUUUCAAAUAUUCAAAAAUGAAUUUUCAUGUAAAGUAUACUCAAGUAAACCAGGGCAGCUGUUGAAAUCGACUUUCUUAAAAUUUACUACACCAGAAUAUUUCUGAUUUUUUUCUUCUAUAUUUAUAUAUUUCUGCUAAAUAAUCAAACAUUCCUUUUUUUCUUGAGAAAUAUUUUAGAAAAAAAAUAACCAUAAGAUUUAUUUUAGUGAAAAAAUGUGCCAUUUUAUGGGGAAAAAAAAUCAUCUGGUGCAUAUAAUAUGUAUGAUUUAUUUAAUAUCAAUUUAAUAGUUACACAAAAAUUAUUUUUGUUUUAGAAACUUAGGCAAAAUGAAGCUGAAUUGUUUGCCAAAGUAUAACAAAAAAGUGACAUAGGGACCUACUCUACGUAAGUGUAUUUCUACAGAGAAUACUUUUUUACCUGGAGUUAAAAACGAUAUAUGACAUGUCCCUUGUCUGGAGGAGAAAUAAGUCGGCUUUUUUUUUGUUUGUCUUGAGUCUAAAAUAAUACCUUUAUAUAUUUACAGCACUUGUGUGUAUCAAAUGUUUGUUUUCAUACAAUGUAUUCUGUAUAUAUGUGUAUAUAAUGUGGGAAAAGUCUGUUUAAAUAUGCACAUUGUGUGAUUGUCUUAAAACCACAGACCACGAUUAUAACUCACCCCACGUGGCUUCAAAAUUCUCUACUUUGGAACAAGAAAAAUAAUACUCAUAAUAUAUGUUGCUAUUUUUUUUUAUAUAUAUGUCUUU